AUGUUGCAAAUCGAGGCAGGUGCCGGCGAAGGUCCAGGUCCACCAGUGAACAAUAACUCGGAGGGUGCAGUGGCCAGCCCCCCUCGUGAUGACAACCACAACGCGCAGCAACCACCCCCUGUCUCACCCAGGGCCAGACCACUCACUCCUGCAGAAGCCCUGAAGCUGUACGGAGACAGGUUAUCAGAAUGGGAGAGGAAUGAAGUCAGGAAGUACCCUGAGGUGUGGUUCCUGGGGCUGGACUCCAACAAGGUGCAAGCGCGCGCCAACCUGCCCAACAACUGCGGAUAUGAGAUCCUCGAAGUGAUCGGCAAAGGAUCCUUUGGCCAGGUCAUCAGGGCUCAAGAUCACCGCACAGGGACCCAGGUCGCGAUCAAGAUCAUCAGGAAUAAAAAGCGAUUCCAUCAUCAGGCGCUGGUGGAAGUGAGAGUGCUGGACCAUCUCCGGUUGAAGGAUAAGGACCAAGCCCACAACGUGAUUCAUAUGCUCGACUAUUUCUACUUUAGAAACCAUCUUUGCAUCAGUUUUGAGCUUAUGAGUAUCAACUUGUACGAGCUAAUCAAGAAGAACAACUACCAAGGGUUCAGCCUGAGCCUCAUCAGGAGGUUCGCGAGUUCCCUCCUCCGAUGCCUCAGGCUGCUGGAAGGGGAGAACAUCAUACACUGUGACCUCAAACCAGAGAAUAUUCUACUAAAAGCGAGAGGCAGUUCCUCAAUCAAGGUGAUUGACUUCGGGAGCUCCUGCUACACACAUGCGCGGGUCUACACCUACAUACAGUCGAGGUUCUACCGGAGCCCUGAGGUUAUACUGGGCUUGCAGUACGGGACCCCUAUCGAUAUGUGGAGCAUGGGAUGCAUCCUAGCGGAACUCCACACGGGAUACCCCCUGUUCCCGGGCGAGAAUGAAUCAGAACAGCUGGCUUGUAUCAUGGAGCUGCUUGGACCACCUCCCCCAGACCUGCUGCUGCAUGCUACAAGGAAGAGAUUGUUCUUUGACUCAAAAGGCUGCCCCCGCAGCAUCACCAACUCUAAGGGCCGCAAGCGGAGGCCUGGCACCAGAGCGCUCACAACCAUCGUGAGGUCAGACGACCCUGCCUUCCUGCACUUCUUGCACAGAUGUCUUGAGUGGGAUCCAAAGCGGCGAAUUACUCCAACAGAAGCAUCACGUCACGAGUUCGUCACGGGAUGUGCUCUGGGUACGGCCCCAGCUGGAGUGCUGGCAUUGCCUCGACUGGCACCGCCACGACCGACACGAGGAGCCCUCCUGCACUCGCAGUCCGCAGGCGACGUCGCCGCCAUGCUGGGCAGGGCGUGACCUCGCGACUCCUGAGUGAGGGUCGGCUCCGGAGGCCUGCCGUAGACAGCUUCGUUUUGUUUCUGUAGGUACAACGAGUAGGACUCCGACAGGGCCUCGACAGGCUCACAACAUGACUUUAGUGUAAUCAGUUCGUUUAUAUUUGGUGUCCUUGUUGUUCUUAUAGUGGAAUUCAAGUAUUCAGAUGUUACUUAUAAGGGUGUUUUUCGUGUUUAAGCAAUAAGUAAGAAAUCAGAAUUAGAACCUCCUGAGCGGACAAUAAAUCAAGGGCUAUCAGAGGUCAUCUGCAGCGACUGUAGCCCGCUGAACGAAACGAUUGAGCAACUUCCUUCGCGAUUGUAACACGUAAGAUUUACUAGGUGUCUAAUUGUGUCCUAAUCUCUGCUAUUAUUGCACAUCCUUCAUCAAUCUUCUAUACUUUACUUCUGACCUUGAAUGUGUAUUUUUCUCCGUUUAGCGUAAAUGGUCGUAAAAAUGUCAUUAAGGUGUUUACGACUUACAGUCAUCAAAUUAGAUGAGAGAUCGCCACUCUAACACCAGUAGUUGUGAAGCAACACUAAAACACAGUAAACGACCCACAGUGUGAUGGGUAAUGGGGUCAUAUCGGCAACAUAAUAGCCAUUAAAGAUACUUAGCUUAAAUGAGUUACUUCACAACGUCUGCUUGCAAAAAUUUUGGCAAAAAUGUUUUUGGGUUGUGUGCAAAAGUGGCAAUUAUAUCUAUUGUUACCUAAUGUCACUAUGUUAUUGGUACCUAGUUAGUAUUCGUGUCUGUUUUGGCUAGUUGAGUGCAUUGCCUCCACCAUCCAUAUACACGGAAUACAAAUGAGUGGUUACAUUAAAAAAGUGUCACAAAGUCGUAAAUAUUUUGUAACAUAUUUUUUGUUCAAUAUUGUCAUUGUUGCUACAGAAUUUUGUUUUUAUUUCUGUGAAGUAACAAGAUGAAGUUUUGAACAAAAUACGAACGUAUUCUUAAAGUGCCAAAGAUCAUUAUUUUAAUAAGAAAACUGAAUUGUUUCUGUUAUUAAUUUAUAGGUUCAUUAUUUCCAAUGAUUUGUCUGCCAAAUGCCUGCUCGAGGUCCAUGAUAAAGUAGAUGAACCUAAACUUAGUAUUAUACUAAAUGUACUUCUAAUAUCUAAUAUCAUAUCGUCAAAUAUCAUUCUUCUUUCGAUGUCGAGGUAGAAUCUUCCAGGAUUUCUGUUUCUUAAGCUCCUUUAAACCCCCUGUCCAAUGUUGUGUCGACUGAAACAUAGUACAAGUUUGUAUACGUUCUCAUAUCACAGAAUGGCUCUAUUUAUACAUUAAAAUACUUUAAUUAUGUGCACUAAACGACUGUGUUUAUAGAAUCUAUAAUGGCGAAUGGAAUUAGAGAGACCAGAGAGCUAAAAUGGAUAAUAAAUCAGUCUUGUACGCAACACGUCUAACACAACUUCGUCUGUUUGUGAUUACGGUCUGAUUAUAUCUUUGAUAUUAAGUCUAAAUUUGGUUUUACUAAUUCCAUUGAUCGUUAUUAGAAGCAACAAGUUGGAAGCUUAUGUAAAGUUUUCAAUCUAACAAUAAUAUUACUCUAGUUUUAUCUAUUUGAUCGUAUUAUUAGGAGGCAAUAAAGCGCGCCUUUUUUGUUUGCCUUCGUUUCAAAAUUAGAACGUGCUAGAAUUUGUUUUUUUUUUGUUUUAUGUGACAGACAAAAUAUUGCUAUAUUUAGUUGGCGUUACAUUUGAGAACGAAAACCUCUUUGGUUGUUUUUAGUGAAUUUGCUACUUCGUUGAUUCAUAAUAAUACGAACAAAUGAAUUAGUCAAAAUAAUAGAUAAUUGUAUAGGAUAAUAGUAAAAAAAAUCGGGUAUAUAGAUAAUAAAUGUUCUAGUUAUUGUGAUGUUGUAGAUUUUUGUAAAAUUCAUUAUAAUAUUAGUAAGAUAUCUAAGCUUUAAAUAAUCGAAGUGUUGUUAGUCAAGUAGUCAGUUUUCUUUUAUUAUCGUGUAGUUGAAUUUAAACUUUUAUUAUUAAUAAAUAGAGAUAAUUUCCAAAUUUUUGCUGCAGUGUUUAAAACAGCAUUAUUUAUUGUUUAAAUAAAAAAUGUGAUAUCGUCGUGUUAAGUAUCUAAUAUAUUCAACAAAAUUGACUUGAAAAUAAUAUAAUUGUGUAGCUAUUUUGUGUUAAAAUACUUUGGCUUUAAUUGGGAAUAUGAAGGUAUUUAAUACUUGUUUUGAAUUUCUUAAAUGAGUGUCAUAACAAACAACCCUGUUUCAAUUAUUGUGCUUCAUUUCUUCGACAUCGACAUCUACAAAAACACUAAAACUGUCUACGAUGUUUCUUUUUAAUAGGUUUACAAACACCUCUUUUUGCGCCAUUUUACUAAGUGAAAAUUAUAAAAAAAACACAGCUGACAGAUAAUAAAAAGAUCUAAAUAGUGUCCAAGAUGAAGCACAAUAAUAAUAUGGCAACAUUAAAAAUGCAAUUUUUGUCUCCUCUCAUUGACAAAUAAGUUUUCUAAUAUUCAUUUUAGUGUAUAAAUAAGUAGAUGUAAAAUUAUUUCGCAAACUAAGCUUGCUUGUAUACUUGUAACAGCUUACAUUAUUUAUUAAACAAAUAAGUCUUGCCUAACUUAGUUUUUUAUCAUAACUAAGGCACAUAUUACGUUAGUAUAAAGUUUGUAGUCAAGAAUUAAAGUCAUUGUUUUAAUAGAAUAACGAACGGACCAAUGUCUUUGGUUCUAUAGCUUUUUCAUAAAAAAAUAUAAGUAACUGUCUUGUGUAGAAUUUUUUAAAUACCUAGUAGUCUAUCAAACAUCGAAUUUGUCAUGUUCCAUCAAAAUUGCGUCAGUGUAAAAACAACCAUAGAUAACGAAUUGUUUUUUCAACUUUAACUGUCUAGUCAGAUGAUAAGUGUGAAUUGAUUUAAAUAAUGCUAGUAUUAAAUACUUAUUUUAAGUUGUCUUUAUGUUCCUAUAUUUUGUACCCGUUGUUUUAAUAUUAUUUGUAAUAAGUAAGUGAUCUUCAUUUUAAGUGUCGCAAUUGGACUGUCACAUAAUAAUAAUUAUUUUAUUUAUGUAAGUAUAUUUAGUUUCUAGAUUAAGUCGAUGGACAAAUAGCUCUUUCUAGUCUAUAGUAAGAAUUUGUUACUCCUAGGAAAUGGUCUAAGAUUGUAUAUACUCUUAUCAUAUUAGCGUUAGGAUUAGGCCAAGCCAAACUGUGAAUUGACUAAGUAUUCGUAAUUAUUUAGACAAGGGGAUGUAUUGUGACAACUGCCAACGUCUCUAUUUAUAGUCUGUGGAUUUGACAUUUGUAAUUUAUAAUCUGUAGAUUUGACGUUAUUGUUAUCUGUCAAUAUAAAUGUCACUGUCAAAAGUAUGAUGGAUUAUUUUAUUUUGGCGUAGGUUUUAGUCAUUGUUUCGCUGCGGUGUGAAACAGGGAUGGCAAUAUUUUGUCCUAAAUAUCUUAACCUUUUUCUCGCACUGAAACAAUGAUUACUUUAACAUAAUACACCCCCCAUUGGUGGGUACAGACAAGCGAUUGGUCCAUACCAUCUACAGUUGCAACAGCAAUAAGACAUUUGUGCAAUUCCAUUUAUGAAAUGCGAUUAAAUCUGAAUAACCACUGUUAAUGUUUAACUAUAAAAUGAAUAUCGAAAUAAACUAAAUAUUACACCGUAUCUUUCACUAAAUUAGUUGACUAAUUGCGUUUAAUGUUGAUCAGUCGCGGCCUCUGAACCCGCCGUUACCAAUUAGUGAUGCAACAAAUACAAAUUAAUUUUAUGCACCAUAUCGUAGUACCAAUACUCACUAAUACUCAAAUAGGUUACUUUUUUAAAUAUGGGACGUUAGAAAAAGUUCAUUAACAAUACAUAGAUGGCGUGAUUCUACGUUACGUUAUGUAACCGAACUUCAAUUUAAAUUAAUGUUUUUUUAUAUAGUUAAUUGCUUUUUUGAUGUUUUAGUAAUAUUUAGAUAUUGGUUGCAUCACUAAUACAUUAUGUUAGUGGAACAACGUGUUUGUGAUUUUGAUGAAGGUGUUAGAAACUAGAUAAUGGUUGUUUACCAACGUAUGUACGUAUGUACUAGUUAUAUGUAUUGUAUGUACAACAUAUAUGUAUCAUUCGUCUGAUAUAUUUGUUCUAAUUGAAUCGUCAUGAUUAAAGUUCUUCCAAGCA